ACUAUCGCUUGGUUUUGUUUAUUUCCAAUUGGAACUUUCAAGCGGCACGUACGGUAAAAUAAGCCGCUUCCAGUGGGCCACAAAAAUUCUUUCGUCUUGGAAGUUGCCGUGUCGUGGGUGCGAAAACAUCAACAAUUGAAUAAAAUUGUACGAAAGAUUAAGAACCAUGACCACCAAUAAGGAUCCCCAAGUCAAGGGAGCCGUCAAAACAGAAGAGACCAAAAAUGGUGGAACCGGAGGGGUUGGGAUUAUGAAACGCUUGAGAAGAUCCGCCUCCGCCACGGAACACAAUCUCAGUAGUUUGAGGAAUCGGAAAUCCACCCAAAACCUAUUCGAUCAGCAUGGUAAUCCCAUUGAUUUGCGGCAAUAUCGCAAAGUUUUGGACAAGGAUGAGAACGGAAAUGGGAUGAACGGAAGCGAGAAGAAACUGCGCUACAGAAGAACCCAAAGUGUGACGAGGGCUGAAGAAAUCUCCAACAAGGAGGAGAAACAGCGAAGAGCUCAGCCUGGAAGACCGAUUCAUCGCCCUAGAGACUCGCUGUUUUCCUGGAGCUCCGGGUUCACCAACUUUACGGGCCUGGUUAACUGGGGCUUUCUUCUACUCUGCAUUGGUGGUCUACGUCUGGGUCUGGAGAACCUACUUAAAUAUGGCAUUCGCAUUAAUCCCCUGGACUGGUUCUUUUUUAUCAGUGGACACAACGAAGGCGAAGGUCACAAUGCCCUCAUCUUGAGCAUUUAUUCCCUAGUUCAUAUAUCCCUCUGUCUUGCUGUGGAGAAAGGCCUGGCUAUGGAAAUUAUUGCCGAAGGACUGGGUAUCUUUAUUCAGAUCGUAAACAUAAUUGUACUGGUCUGCUUGCCGGUGGUGAGCAUUCAUCUUCGAGGACAUGCCUUUAGCUUGAUGGGAGCUUCUACGGUUUGCUUUUAUUACUCUGUUCUGUUUCUGAAACUCUGGAGCUAUGUGCAGACAAAUAUGUGGUGUCGUCAGACUUACUACCAAAAGAACCCCAGAGAACGUAGACCCAGCAUUACCUUAGCAGAACUGAAGAAUGGAGCCCUGGAUGGUGGCGAUGACGAUGAAGCCAUCCCCAAGCUGGUACAGUACCCGGAUAAUCUCACCUACAGGGAUCUCGUGUACUUCCUUUGUGCCCCCACUCUGUGUUAUGAACUAAACUUUCCACGCACUUCACGCGUGCGCAAACGCUUUUUGCUGAAGCGUCUUCUGGAGGUUGUGAUUGGAGUAAAUGUGGUCAUGGCACUGUUUCAGCAAUGGAUUAUUCCCUCAGUUCGCAACUCUUUAAUCCCAUUCUCCAACAUGGAUGUUGCUUUGGCCACUGAGCGACUCCUGAAACUAGCGUUACCCAAUCACCUUUGCUGGCUAUGCUUUUUCUACCUGAUGUUCCACUCCUUCCUGAACGCGGUGGGGGAACUACUAAACUUUGCUGAUCGUAACUUUUACUGUGAUUGGUGGAAUGCCAAUAAUAUUGAUACUUUUUGGAGAACCUGGAACAUGCCCGUCCACAGAUGGUGUGUUCGUCACCUGUACAUCCCAGUGGUUCAAAUGGGUUACUCUUCGCGACAGGCUUCAACUAUAGUUUUCCUGUUUAGCGCCUUCUUCCAUGAAUACUUGGUUUCAGUUCCUCUACAAACGUACAAGAUUUGGGCCUUUAUGGGAAUGAUGGGCCAGAUUCCUCUAUCGGCUGUUUCCAAAUAUAUUGAAAAGCGUUUGGGGCCCCGAAUGGGCAACAUUAUUGUUUGGGCCUCCAUUAUCCUGGGCCAGCCCCUCUGCAUUAUGGCCUACUACCAUGAUUAUGUGGUACACCAUUUUAAAAGCGCACUCAACGGCACCGAUUAUACGUCAUAGAUUUUAUAAAUGAAUUACUACUGAAAUUUCUGCACUGGACUGGUCCGUGUACUUUUUAGAAUUAAUAAGCCAGAAUACAAGUUAAGGAAGUGACUUGUGAUUGCCACAAUACAAAAUCGAGUUUGUAUGAUUUUCGCACAUGCAUGUAGUACUGAUGAACAAAAGAUAGAUUGUUAUUGAAUGCAUUUGUUAAUGAAUUUAAGUGUCAUGUAAAUAAAUAGAAUUUUUAAAAAGAAAA